UGCAGCUUUUUCCUGCCUACUACCAAAGCUAUCUAUUUGACAGGUCAGAUAGCGUUGGCUAAAUGACCGUGAUUUGAACGAAAUCGUAAGAAUGUUGAUAAGAUCAUUAUAAUAUAGUAUGUAUUGCGCUUGUAUUUACAUUUGCAACAUGCUCCAAAAUCCCUGGCUUGCAUACGAACACUGAAUCAAGUGUUCCUGUCCAGUUGCUACCAUGUCCAUGUUCAGCACAGGUAUACUGGUGCUCACCUCACCUCUGCACACCCUCCCCCUGCGCAUUGCUCCAGUUCUUAGCUCUGCUGCACAGGUAGUGGAGCGCACCCUCUAUGUCCACCUUCACCCAGGCCUUAACCUGAGCAGUGGCGGCCAGCCUCGACCUGUCUUCAUCCCCCCUGUGGUAGAUCUUUCCAGCCUUAUUACCCGCCUCUACAGCAAUGCAGCAGAUGUCUGUGGGCACCUAGAUAUCCGUGUGCUGCUCACCAAUGUCCGCAGCCAGGCUGGUUCUUCAAGCACCGGAGGUUCAAGUGGCCCCUUUCCAACUCCUCAGCUCCUCUCCCAGUCCCCAGAGGUGGUACUGACAGAUUUCCCUCUACAAGACCCUGGUCAGUCCUUGCUUGUGUCCCAGUGUUUGCAGAAGUACGCCGGGCACUGUUACGUCUGUAACCCUGGGUUGGCCUCGGUGCUGCUUCACCCUGAGCUGCAGAAACUGCAGAAGGAGGAGGAGAUGGGGCAGCUGGAAGAGGAGGGACAAAAGGACUGCGAGAUGAAGUUAGAGCCCAUGGAGAUCUACAGUGAUGUGGUGGUUGGGGGAACAUUUGACCGCCUUCACGGUGCACACAAGACUCUGCUAAACAUCUCGUGCCUUUUGGCAAACAGGCGAUUCCUUAUUGGUGUGUGUGACCAGGAGUUACUGAAAAAGAAGGUUCUGAAGGAGCUGAUCGAACCCUACGCCCUGAGGGUCCAGCGGCUCAGAGAGUUCCUGUUGGAUGUCAAACCUUCGCUGCAGUAUGAGAUUGUACCCCUGUCGGACCCUUUUGGACCCUCCGUGGUCGACACUCAGCUGCAGUGCAUCAUAGUCAGCGAGGAGACCAGGAAGGGAGGCGAGGCAGUGAAUAGGAAACGCCUUGAAAAUGGGCUUCCUGGGCUUGUAUUACACGAGAUCCAGCUGCUGAAGGAUGCUCACCACACCGAGACCGAGGAGGAAAAGAUCAGCUCAUCCAGCCUUCGCUCACGCCUCUUAGGCACCCUCCUCAGAGCCCCAAAGGACAUGCCCCAUCUCCCAGCUGUACCCUAUGUGAUUGGCCUGACGGGGAUGAGCGGCAGUGGAAAGAGCUCCAUCGCCAGGCGUAUGGAGGCCCUGGGAGCAGCAUGCAUCGACAGCGACCAGCUUGGCCAUGAAACGUACCGUCCAGGGGCGAGAGCCUACCACAGGGUGGUGGAAGAGUUCGGCACUGAUGUUCUAAAUGAGGAUAAAACUAUCAAUAGACGAAUGCUAGGAAGAAAAGUAUUUGGAAACAAGGACAGGCUGAAAGCACUUACGGACAUUGUGUGGCCUGAGAUAGCACUUCUGGUCAAGGACAGAAUCCAAGAAGCUGGAGAUCAAGGUAAACGGGUGAGUGUGGUAGAUGCGGCGGUUCUGCUGGAGGCUGGUUGGACAGACAUUGUCCACGAGGUCUGGGUCACUGUAAUCCCUGUAGAGGAGGCAGUGCUGCGAAUCACAGAGCGGGACGGCUUGCCGAAGGAAGAUGCAGAGCGCAGACUACAGAGCCAGUGGUCCAAUGCGCGUCAGGUGGAGCAGGCUAAUGUUGUGCUGUGCACGCUGUGGGAGCCAGAGGUCACCCAGAGACAGGUACAAAAGGCCUGGAAUCUUCUCCAGGAGAGAAUCCUUCAGAGACAAGAAGAGGCCAAGUCACCGUCAUAAAUUGUGGCCAAAAAUGGCCCUGAACACACACACACCUGAGUCAUGCAGCCCCAAGUGAAAGACAUAAACCUGUCCCUGCCGACCAAGGGAUGAGAUGUCACAAAUGACAGACUGAAUCAUAAUCCUCAUCAUUUAGUGGCGAUGGUUGAACAGUUGAAAAGACUGAUGUGCCGUUCUCGCAAAACCAGGUGGAUGUAACUCCAAACAAGACUCGGUGCCUAAAUGACUUUUCACAGUAGUUUUUUAAAUGUAGUUUGUUUAUUAAUUUACAAUGCUGCAUUUGUUAGCUGAUUUUAAAAAUGAAAAUGGCCUGUGGAUUUACAUGGAAAGUGGUUAAUGAGUUUGUGCCCUGUUGCUUAAAAAUGGAUCUGCUUUUAUAUAUAAAUCAUUGUUUAGGCUGAUUAUGAAAAUCAGA